AAGAUGGCGGCGCCCUUGCAGAAGUGCUGAAGAAGUGCCUCCGGUUAUCAUUCUUGAAAUUCCUAGGGAUAUCCGGCAAGUCCUUGACUUCAGCCUCCUUCUUGUGCCGUCCAGACGAACCCGGCUGUCCAACAGCGUUAGCGGUGCCUGGCGUUGCUGUGUUGGACAGUGAGUGUGGAGAUGGGCCUGGUGUUCAACUGCUUCCCUUAGCGAGGGUCCACGGAUAGUGCCGCCGCACAGACCCUUCCUCUCCGGCUUGGAAGCCUUUCACCUGCUCUACCGGCUCUGGACGCUGCCCUACAACUUUCUUGCCAGGAUAGUUUCUGUCAUCGUCCGGAGACGGAGAGGUUCCCCAGCUCGUGCGGCUAAUCCCACCGAACCGAGUGCUCAAAUGAAAAUGGAUGCGGACUUGAUUCACUUGCCAGUCGCUGGCCUGGCUGAGGAAGAAGAGGCUGACAUGAAUGAUUGGAAACUUCCUCUUGCCUUCAUGAAGAAACGUCAUUCAGAAAAAAUUGAAGGUUCGAAAGCUUUAGCACAGAGCUGGCGGAUGAAGGACCGGAUGAAGACCGUGAGUGUGGCCUUGGUGUUAUGUCUCAAUGUGGGAGUUGACCCACCAGACGUGGUCAAGACUUCCCCCUGUGCCAGACUGGAAUGUUGGAUUGAUCCUUUGUCCAUGAGUCCUCAAAAAGCCUUGGAGACCAUUGGGGGCAACCUGCAGAAGCAAUAUGAAAACUGGCAACCUAGGGCUCGUUACAAACAGAGUCUGGACCCCACGGUGGACGAAGUGAAGAAGCUCUGCACUUCUCUCAGACGGAAUGCCAAAGAGGAACGAGUGUUGUUCCACUACAAUGGCCAUGGAGUGCCCCGUCCUACUGUGAACGGGGAGAUUUGGGUUUUUAAUAAGAACUACACCCAGUACAUACCUCUGUCCAUCUACGACCUGCAGACAUGGAUGGGGAGCCCGUCAAUAUUUGUCUACGACUGCUCGAAUGCAGGAAUCAUCGUCAAGUCCUUCAAACAGUUUGCCCUGCAAAGAGAGCAGGAACUGGAGGUUGCAGCCAUCAAUCCCAGCCACCCACUUGCUCAAUUACCACUGCCACCCUCCAUGAAGAACUGUAUUCAGCUGGCUGCCUGUGAGGCCACUGAGCUGCUACCUAUGAACCCUGACCUUCCAGCUGACCUCUUCACAUCCUGUCUCACAACACCCAUCAAGAUAGCUCUUCGUUGGUUCUGUAUGCAGAAAAGUGCCAAGUUGGUGCCAGGGGUGACGUUAGACCUCAUUGAGAAAAUCCCAGGCAGACUCAAUGACCGUCGAACUCCCCUUGGAGAGCUCAACUGGAUUUUCACAGCCAUCACUGACACCAUCGCUUGGAAUGUGCUGCCCAGAGAUCUGUUCCAGAAGUUGUUCCGCCAGGAUCUCCUCGUGGCCAGCUUGUUUCGCAACUUCCUCUUAGCUGAGAGGAUAAUGAGGUCAUACAACUGUACGCCGGUGAGCAGCCCACGUCUCCCACCAACGUACAUGCACGCCAUGUGGCAAGCAUGGGACCUUGCUGUGGACAUAUGCCUCUCUCAGCUGCCGACCAUCAUUGAGGAGGGUACUGCCUUCAGACACAGUCCAUUCUUUGCAGAGCAGUUGACGGCGUUUCAGGUGUGGCUGACAAUGGGUGUGGAGAACCGAAACCCUCCAGAGCAGCUCCCAAUUGUGCUGCAGGUUCUGCUCAGCCAAGUGCAUCGGCUACGAGCUCUGGACCUGCUUGGAAACUUCCUAGACCUUGGACCAUGGGCUGUGAGUCUGGCUUUGUCAGUGGGGAUCUUCCCUUAUGUCUUGAAGCUGCUUCAAAGUUCAGCUCGAGAGCUGCGACCGCUGUUGGUCUUCAUCUGGGCCAAAAUCUUAGCCGUGGACAGUUCCUGUCAGGCUGACCUGGUGAAGGAUAAUGGACACAAAUACUUCCUGUCCGUGUUAGCUGAUAAUUACAUGCCAGCUGAACACCGAACCAUGGCCGUCUUCAUCUUGGCUGUUAUUGUCAAUAACUACACUACUGGACAGGAGGCCUGUCUGCAGGGCAACCUCAUUGCCAACUGUCUGGAGCAGCUGUCGGACCCUCACCCUCUGCUCCGACAGUGGGUGGCCAUCUGCCUGGGUCGAAUCUGGCAGAACUUUGACCCAGCACGCUGGUGUGGCGUCCGGGACAGCGCCCAUGAGAAGCUCUACACGUUACUGUCUGAUCCCGUCCCUGAGGUCAGGUGUGCUGCUGUCUUUGCCCUCGGGACCUUUGUGGGCAACUCUGCUGAGAGGACGGACCACUCCACCACUAUUGACCACAAUGUGGCCAUGAUGUUGGCUCAGCUCAUCAACGAUGGCAGUCCUGUUGUUCGCAAGGAGCUGGUAGUGGCUCUGAGCCACCUGGUGGUCCAGUAUGAGAGCAACUUCUGCACCGUUGCCCUUCAGUUCAUCGAGGAGGAGAAGAACUACUCGGUACCCUCCCCAGCAAACACUUCAGAGCCUGGUAACCUGACCCCAGUGAGGGACAGUCCCGCCAUUCCCCGCUUGAGAUCCGUCAACUCCUAUACCAACAUCCGAGCUGUGACAACAGCCCGCAACCUGAACAAGAGCCUGCAGAACCUCAACCUCAGCGAAGAAGGUGGACCGGCAGCCUUCUCACCAGGAAACCUGAGCACCAGCAGCAGUGCCAGCAGCACUUUAGGAAGCCCUGACAAUGAUGAGUACAUCCUGUCUUUUGAAACCAUCGACAAGAUGAGACGAGUCUCCUCCUACUCCUCGCUCAACUCCCUCAUUGGCGUUUCCUUCAACAGUGUGUACACUCAGAUCUGGAGAGUUCUGCUGCAUCUCGCUGCUGAUCCAUUUCCUGAAGUGUCAGAUCUGGCAAUGAAGGUUCUCAACUGCAUCGCUUACAAGGCUACAAUGAACGCUCGGCCUCAGAGGAUCACGGACUCUGGGUCUCUCACACAGUCAGCCCCUGCCAGUCCCACCAGCAAGGGCGCACACAUCCAUCAGGCUGGUGGCUCUCCUCCCAUGCCAAGUGCUAGCAGCUCCAGUCUUACCAACGAUGUACCCAAACCCUCUACCAGAGAGCAGACCGCCACACGUCCCCCCUACACUCCCACAUUGGGAGGGCAGGCUCCCCACUCACAUCAGUUCCCCAGGACACGCAAGAUGUUUGACAAGGGACCUGAACAGGCAGCAGACGAUGGCGAUGAACCAGGGGGUCAUCGGAACUAUAUAAGCGCUGCACUGCAAACCGGACUCUGUGACUGGAGCGCAAAGUACUUCGCUCAGCCCGUCAUGAAGAUGCCAGAAGAACAUGACUUGGAGAGCCAGGUGAGAAUGGAGCGGCAGUGGAGGUUCCUGAGAAACGCUCGAGUAAGGAGGCAGAGCAGGACUAUCACACAAAGAGGCAUAUCCCGUUUGGAUGAUCAAAUAUUCAUUAACCGCAACCCAGGAGUUCCUUCUGUUGUCAAGUUCCACCCCUUCAAUACCUGUAUUGCUGUGGCUGACAAGGACAGUAUCUGUUUUUGGGACUGGGAAAAAGGCGAGCGCCUGGACUACUUCUACAAUGGAAACCCUCGGUACACUCGCAUCACCGCCAUGGAGUACCUGAACGGACACGACUGCUCUCUGCUGCUCACCGCCACAGAUGAUGGUGCACUGCGUAUCUGGAAGAACUUCGCUGAUCAGAAGAAUCCAGAGAUGGUAACGGCGUGGCAGGGUCUUUCUGAUAUGUUGCCGACGACCAGAGGUCAGCCUUCCUCCAGCGCACACAGUCUAGCCAGAAGGGUCUCCAUUUAUCUGGACCGAAGUAAGCAAGGAGGUGCAGGAAUGGUGGUGGACUGGGAACAGGACACUGGUCUCCUAAUGACAUCAGGUGACGUCCGUGUCAUUCGAAUCUGGGACACGGACAGGGAGAUGAAGGUCCAGGAUAUUCCGACGGGAGCGGACAGUUGCGUGACCAGCCUCUCGUGCGACUCACAGCGCUCGCUCAUCGUUGCUGGUCUGGGUGAUGGAUCAGUUCGUGUUUUUGACAGAAGGAUGGCCCCCAACGAAAGUCGCGUGAUGACAUACCGGGAGCACGGCGCCUGGGUGGUCAAAGCUCACCUUCGGAAGGAGACGGACGGCAACAUAAUCAGUGUCAGUGUUAAUGGAGACGUGCGAUUCUUCGAGCCGCGGUCGCCCGACUCCACCAAUGUGUUACAGACGGUGAAGGGACUGACAGCCCUGGACAUCCACCCGCAGGCGAACCUCUUAGCUUGUGGAUCCAUGAACCAGUUCAUAGCAGUUUACAACACCAAUGGUGACAUCAUCAGCAACAUAAAGUAUUACGAUGGAUUCAUGGGCCAAAGGAUUGGGGCCAUCAGCUGUUUAGCCUUCCAUCCUUACUGGCCUCACUUGGCAGUGGGCAGCAAUGACUACUACAUGUCCAUCUACUCGGCAGAGAAGCGGCUCAGAUAACACACCAGCAUCACCCCGACUCCCUAUCACCACACUUGACUUCUACCCCGGAACGCUCUGUGCCGGCUUGUAAAUUAUAUUGUACAUAUGCAAUUACAACCCUGAAUGUUCUUGUGAUGGCUGCUGACGAAACCGCUACAAACGACAAGAUAUACAUAUAUAGAUGUGUGUUCUAUUAUUGGUAUUCUCCUUGUUUCUCUGAGGCGGAUGAUUGUAUCUGGGCAGCACUGAGGACGCUGUAAAAAUGCUGAUGAUGAAAGGGUUUUUUUUUUGAAGACGUGUCACCUGCACUUCAAUGGACACCCACCUCCUCCAUCCACUGCAGAGUUGUUCCCUGAGACUCACUCUGGCGUUCUGCCUGCAGUGCUGGGAGAUGUACAGACGCCCUCAGGGCAGUGACCUUUUGUCCUCUACGCUGAUGACCACAGGACCUUGUGUGGACCCAGAGACUGUGACUGAGUCCACUUUGCUUUGCCAUAUAUGUGCCAUGUUGCUAUCCCACAACCCCUUACGGCUGCUGAGAAGGGGUCACCUCUGCACAUGUUUUCGCUAACAAGAGAAAGGAAUCACUUUAGUGCUGUGCCUCGCUCCCGUCAGGUCCUGCUCACCUGGUUAGAGAAGCAAUAACUGUCACACAUCCUGACUGGACAUUUGGUCCCUCUCAACUGGCCACAGCUCAACACCGACUCAUGACGUCAUGCGCAGUCCAGUGCUUCAGUGCUUGGCGAUGCUGCCACACCUCCUGCCAAGUGAACUUUUAGUUACUUUCUGCCCUGAGUUUUAAGUAGGUUUUAUUGCCAGACCUUCUUUCUGCAUGCGCUGUUUCUUUGCCACGUGCUCAGGUAUCUGUCUGUCAUCCCAUUGUAAUUCAACAGUCAGUCUCAGAGAUGUGCCUCUUCCACACAGUUUCUUAUAUGUUUGAACUUGUUCUUUUCUGUUUUGUUAUUUCUGGCAAUUUUAUGGUUUUAAAUUCUGCAACGCACACACACACAGACACACACACACGUCUGCAUCACUGAAGUGGAUCGCUUGACAGUCGGCCUGGCAACAACCUAGGCCUUGCAUCGCGCUGUCGUCUCUGACUGUCUAGUUUUAAGAUUUUUAGACUCGAGAUGUAGUUCAGCAAAGUAGGAGAGGGUACUGUCUGUGACGUCACGUUAGAAAAGACACCUGGUGGAGCGUUAACAAAAUAAACCAAAUAUAACACCACAUUUGUUUUUGCUCUUGUUUGCAU